AUGGAUGGAGAUCUUCAGGACCAACCUCUGGAGUACAGAGUGCCUACUCCGCCUCCACUACCAUUGAAACCUCCUCCACCACCUCCUCCUCCGACAUUAGAGCUCACGCUCAGACGGCCCUCACCAUACUCGUUUGGACCAUCAUCUCUCUCGAGCCACUCCCGACUUUCGUCGCUCACCUCGCCCCGUUCUUUGACUUCAUCACAGACGUCCUACAGCAAUCCUCGUAGUGAUUCUCUUCAUAUCAACGUCGGCAUAGACUUCGGGACAACCUACUCCGGGGUCUGUUGGGCCAUCUUGGGCACACACGAGCCCAGUGUCAACGUCGUUACACAAUGGCCAGGCGAAACCAGCGUAAAGGUACCGAGCGAAAUUGCGUACAAGGAUGGCGUUGUACACUGGGGGUUCACAAUUCCACCUGACGUCGAGAGGUUACAGUGGUUCAAGUUGCUGCUUCUGAAAGAAAACGAGCGGUUUGCAAAGGUUCAGGGAUCGAAGCAACUAAAAGCAGCUAGACAGCUGCUCGAAAAGCUUAGUAAAUCGGCCGUCGAUGUCGUGGCCGACUACCUAGGGCGGCUAUGGGAGUGUGCGUUAGUCGACAUCAGAAAGCAAGAGGGUAGUAGCAUGGAUGGGAUGCCAUUCCGAAUCGUCUUAACAGUUCCAGCAAAUUGGCCUCUCGAAGCUCGAGACGAGAUGAGGAAGGCUGCUCAGAAGGCUGGGUUAUUGGACCGUCGAAUGGGAGCCCUAGAGACCAAAUUGGAAUUUGUCGGGGAGCCAGAGGCUGCGGCGCUUGCAGCGUUCUUCGACGGGAAUAUUCGACGUAACAUUAGAGUCGGCGAUAUCGUUGUCAUUUGCGAUGCAGGCGGAGGAACAGUCGACAUUGUUACAUACGAAGUCGAGACGGUUGAACCUUGUGUAAACCUUGGAGAGUGUAUUAGUGGCGACAUGGAUCUUUGCGGCUCCAUCUUUCUCGACGAGGCCUUCCAAGAAUACCUAUCCGUGAGGAUGGGCAAAGACAAAUUACGAAAAUUACCUCAGAGGACGUACCGCGAACUCAUAAGGACUUGGGAGAACAAUGUCAAACGUCAGUACCAUAAAGAUACCCCGGAAGUAACCAUCAACCUGCCUCACGAAGUCGCGAAAGCAAUUAAGUCGCUCAGGAAUAUGGUCAAAAGGAAGAAUGGGAACAAGCAACUUACGGGAGAUUUGAUGCGCCUGAGCUCUGAGGACAUCCGCGGCAUCUUCGAUCCCGUUAUGACGAGCAUCCUUACUUUGAUAAUCAAGCAACGGAAUGCCACGAUGGAGAAGAGGAAGAGGAAACCGAAGGCCAUCCUCUUGGUUGGAGGCCUUGGGGGGAACAAGUACCUGUGGGCAUCGAUUUGUCGUGGCGCCGCUAUCAAGGCGAUGACCCUUGACGAACCCUACGAUCAGCCUCUCCCUGUCGUAACAUCGUACAUCUCCAAGGCGCACUACGGAAUCGUGUGCAAAGUGCCUUUCGACAAGGAGAAGCAUUCAGAAGAAGACCGCAAGUUCGAUUCAGCUACAAAUAUGGAUCUGGCAUGGAAUCAGAUGCGGUGGUACGUGAAGAAGGGAGAGGACGUGUCGAAAGGGAAGCCAGUUACCAUGUCGUGGGAGAAGUUCCAUCCCGAGUCCCGUCCAUGCACGAGCUUCACCAUCAAAAUGUAUGAAUGCGAAGCGGAGGAUGCACCUACUCGAUUGACAGCCGAAGUGCGCCAAUGCGAGACGAUAAUAAUCCCCUUCAGCUGGAGCAACCUGCUUGUGCAGGAUGGUGCCGACGGUAAACGAUUUCGCAGGGUACAGUUCGAUCUAAAGAUGAGCAUGCUGGGCAUGGGCAAGCUCGACUUCGCGACGUACGUGGACGGUAACAUGGUAGCUCGGAAGAACGUGAGCGUUAAGCUCGGGGAUAGCCAUGGAGAAAGAUGCUGAGGGCUGAAGGAUGUUGAAG